AUGAGCUCCCUUCCGAAAGAUGUUGAAAUCAAUGCGGGUGAAAAGGCUCCCUCCAUUGACGAGGAUCCUAUACACUCUGGUACUCCGUCUUCACCCCGCGAUUACCGCAAUGCGGUCUUGUCAUCAUUCUCAGCAGAGGAGGACAAAGCGGUCAUGCGAAAGGUUGACCGUCGCUUUUUGUUGCUGAUUGGACUCAUGUACAUGCUCAAAAACGUCGAUUACACCAAUGCGGCCACGGUGAAGGUUCUUCAAGUUGGUCAGCCAAGGAACAUAUUGAAGGAACUUGACAUGACCGCGGACGAGUACAACUGGGUUCAAAGCAUAUACUUCAUCAGCUACAUCGUCUUCGAAGUGCCGAGUAAUCUGCUCCUGAAGAAGAUGACACCCAGAAACUGGCAAGCCAGGAUCAUUGCUUCCUGGGGGCUGGUCCUCGCCUGCCACGCUGCGGUGAAGAACAAGCAGGGUAUUUAUGCUGCGCGCUUCUUUCUUGGGAUGAUGGAGGCAGGCCUCUUCCCAGGGCUUGCCGCACAACUUUGCAGUUGGUAUCGAAGUGAUGAAAUGGGCAAGCCAAUCAUGUGGAUGUUCGGAUUCCAGAAUUGUGCCGGUAUCGUCGGUUCGCUUGUCGCAUACGGGGUUUCUUAUAUGAAUGGAUUAGGCGGUCUCAGUGGCUGGCAAUGGGUAUAUCUCCUCGAAGGACUUUUCACUAUCCUUUUCGCUGGCGUCGUCUACUUCGCGCUGCCUGAUUAUCCGAAGUCGGCUCGUUCCGCCAAAUGGCUAUCUCCUCGGGAGCAAGAAUAUCUCGAGCUACGUCUCACGGAGAAUGCUCCACGCACGGACGAUGCGGCCUUCAACCGAGCGGAAGUCCUCGCUUCAUUACGCGAUCCACGAACAUACUCUUUCUGCGUCUCUCAAGUCCUGAUGAACCUGGGUGGCUACGGCCUGCAAUGGCAGUUGCCUACCAUUACCACAGCACUUGGGUUCGCCGGACUUCCUCGCAAUCAGCUUCUCAACAUCCCUCCCGCCGCAGCAAGUGUCCUGGCUAUCAUCUUUGCCGGUUGGUUCCUCAGCCGCGCCUACAUGACACGCCCAGAGUUUAUCAUGAUCAUCUGCGCGGGGGCUUUGAGCUUUUUCGUCGUCCUCUGCACCGAUGUGUCGAAAGUCGCAAUCUACAUCGCGUGCAUUUUCGGUACCAUGUUCUACGCCGUGUACUUUAUUCCAUUUUGGGCAUGGCGAUCUGGUACCCUCAUUGGAACCACCGGUACGGCGUUCACCCUCGCUUUUCAGUCCUGUAUUGGCCAGGUUGGGGGCGUGGUUGGUCCGCAAUUGUUUCAAUCCAAAUAUGCGCACAAUGGAUACAAGGUAUCCUUCGGCAUUUGCGCGGGUGCCAUCGGAGGGAGCUGGGUUGCGAGCGCUUUCACCUGGUAUUUGACUUGGCGGAACGAAAAGGACAUCCAACGUGUUCGAAGACUCAGAAUCAAGGCGAACAGCGAGGGUGCAGUGUGGGCAGGAGAUGAUGUAAAAUUGUGA